CCUACAGUGAGGCGUUCGCGUUCGUAGCUCAGGGCAACCUCGCAGGCGAAAUGAAGAACGAGUGCAUUUUGAUCUUAGUUGCAGCUAAUGGUAGGUUUUAGCUUCCCUUUCUCUCCGCGUUGUCCGCGGAGAGAGAAGGCGCUGGAAACGAGGCUUAGACGAUUUGCUAGCUUGCUUGCUUGUCUGUUUCUGCCCAUAAAGUCAUGCAGGUUAGCGGUGCAGUUUUAUCAUCCGGGUCUGGCAUGAACAAGCCUUUGAGCUGCACUCGACUAGUCUCUGACCACCCAUGUCUCAAUUUGCAAGCCAGAGGGUCAAACUACUCCCUCCCACAGUCUCCUUCUGUCAAUGCUGAUAUCGAUGACUUUGUUGUUCGACUCGGCUUUAGCAUUGUGGAAUCUAUGAGAGGCACAUUACCCGAUCCAUGCCUGGAUUUCAUUGAGCAUUAUCUCUGUAUUCUUGGAGCUCCUCCUUGUGAUCCAGAGUUAGGAGCCCCACUGCUAAUUUGUAAUGUUGAUUGUGAGGCAUACAGUAGGCUCCAUGGAAAGCACACAUGUGACAGUACUUUGGAGUUUAUCCAUGAGUUUGCUGAAAACACAAGAAAUGACGUUCAUGUCAUCGAGCUCUUCGAUAAGUUUGACUGCAAAAAUGUUUCUACAUACUACUUCUCUGAAGAAAGCUCCUAUUCAGAUACAUGCACUGGAAUCUUGUCUGAGAAAUCAAAAGAACAGAUUAUCAAUGGGACAAGUGAACUUCAGUGCAUUCCGGUUACUAUUUCGGCUUGUGCUGCCAUCUUUCGUCAGCCAUACUACAUACCGGUGGCUGAGCGCGACGAGAGUGAGACAUUUGCCAUCGUCACCUCUAUUAGCGAUCAGCUUGACCAUUUCUGUGGUAGUGUGCUAACUAACUUUGCUUGCCACUUUAUUACUCCUCCUUGUCAUCCUCAGAAAGGGACUCAGUUAGCAGUUUGUCCUGAGAGCUGCUAUGCCCUGGAUGUCAUCAAUGAUCAGUGCCGUCUGCAGCUUGAUGCAAUAAAGCAAAGCAACCAUUCCAGUCCCUUCGUUAACUUUUUGAAUCACUUCAACUGCACAUCACCAGACAGCUAUCUUAUUCCUAAUUUUCCACUUGAUAUGGAGAACUGUCUGAAUACAGUGGAUUAUUGCCUGGUUGAGGGUCUUUCAGCAUAUUUUUCUGCUGUCUGCCUGGUGCUGAUAACUACUCUGAUGGUAACUACAAUUGUGUGUGUUUACAACAAGACAAAGGUCAAAAGGUACUAUCGAAAGUGGACACUCUCCUCUAACAAUAGGCCGAAAUUUGGAAGGAAUCAUGUUGAGCUAAAAGUUUCAAGUAAAGAGAGUGAAAGUAGUAUUGUGCUCUCUAGUGUUUCACUGGCCGAUGAGAGUGGCAAGAACGAAGAUGUGAAGUUAUCUGACACUGAUAUAGCGAAAUUUAAAAGGCUGUUUUGUCAGUUUGUUAUACCCUACUCUUGUCUUCAGUUUAAACACAGCCUUGGAGAAGGUGCAUUUGGUAAAGUGUUUGCUGGUGUUUUAAAUGACCAUGGCAGGGAGAUGACUGGUGUCCAGGUUGCCAUCAAGACCAUCAAAAAUAUGCAAUCCAACGAGCAGUUAGAUUCAUUUAUGGCCGAGAGCUUGAUCAUGAAGGACUUCCAACAUUCACAUGUUCUGAGUUUGCUCGGAGUGUGUCUUGAUGCCCCAGAUGCCCCUCCAUACAUUGUUCUGCCUUUUAUGGCUAAUGGAUCUGUUAAGGAGUACCUGAAACAAAAGAGAACUCAUAUUUUGGAUGUUGCGUCACUCCCAAAGGACUUAUCGUUAGAGGUGUUGAUUCAGAUCUGUACAGACAUUGCUGAAGGAAUGAAAUACUUGGCAGCUAAAACGUUUGUUCACAGAGACCUUGCUGCACGAAACUGCAUGUUGGAUGAUCACCUUAUUGUGAAAGUAGGAGACUUCGGCCUUGCUCGAGAUGUGUACUCUGCAGACUAUUACAGAGCUGGAAAAGGUGCCCGACUGCCAGUGAAGUGGAUGCCACCAGAGACUCUCACUGAUGGAAUCAGUAAUGAGAAGUCUGAUGUGUGGUCAUAUGGAGUGACAUGUUGGGAGGUUUUUAGUUUGGGACGCAGUCCCUACCCUGGGAUUGAGAAUCACGAGAUACUCCAGCAUAUCUCUACUGGAGAUACACUCAAGAAACCCACUCUCUGUUCUGACAUACUGUUUGAUAUUCUGUGUCGUUGUUAGAGUUAUUUACCAGAGGAUCGACCAUCAUUUGACUCACUACUAUCUUCCCUUAAAGACUAUUGGGAUAAUGAACAUUAUUAUGUGUGACAAUAAUAUAAUUAUAAUUGCUGAUCAUUAGACACCCCUCAAUUAUUAUU